AUGGUACCACCGCCUAACACAGCGCCGCCAGCACAUCCACCGCUCAACAACAGAGCGGGAGUGCAUCGAGGCCGAGGCGGCGGAGGUGGCGGAGGUGGCGGUGGAGGUGCUGGUAGCGAGACAACUAUCGGUGGUGGAGGGGGUGGUGGCGGUGGUGGCGGUGGAGGCGGCACGAAAACUGGUGGAGGAGGUGGGGGCGGUGGUGGAGCUGGCAUGAUGACCGGCGGAGGAGCAGGGAGAGAUUUAAGAAUGAUUGGCGGUGGUGGCGGAGAAGCUGGGAUAACAAUUGGUGGUGGCGGGGGAGGAUGGACAACGAUUGGUGGCGGCGGUGGACCCGGAGGUAUGAUUAUUGGAGGAGGUUUUGGAGGUGUUGGCAAGAUUAUUGGAGCUUGUGGCGGAGCUGGUGGCGCUGGAACGACAACUGGUGCUGGAGCCGGCGCAGCGCACGCGCCGCCGGUGCAGCUGGUAGUUACAGUACAUCCUGGACAUGCUGAAAUUGAAAGUGCAUAA